AUGCGCUGCAAGCUGUUCGGCUUCAAUGUGCGCAGCUUGAUCCAGCCGCGGCGGCUGGAGGAGGUCGCCCUGUUGGCGGGUGGUUUUCCGAUCCACUUCCUCGUGGGCACGCGCGUGCAAGCGGUGCCGUGGGAGGCUGUGCUGCUGGUGUGUCCAUCGGAGCUCGAAAGAGAGAUCUCGGACGACGGGUGCAUCGCGUCCUCCCUGGACCUGCUGCAGCACAGGGCCGCGCGGCGGUCCACCCUUGUGAUCUUCACGGGCCUGAUCGACUCGUUCGCACAGGACGAGAUGGGCAACCACUUCGCGUGCGUGAGGCCCUACGCGCAGUCGCGCAUGGGCAACGCAGCCCGAGGAUUCCGAGACGUGCAACACCGACAUCAUUUGGCUUGCACCAUUACGUUUCGCAUGAUCGCGCCCACGUACAACGGGGAGAAGGCUUCGUCUCGGACCGAUCACUACGAUUUGCCUGUUGGAGUCCUCCUGCGAGUUUCUAAGCUGCUUACGAUGACGAAGGCGGCGAGGCAGCUCCAGCUCUUCCCGUCCAAGGGGGUGCUCCGCGACCACUCGCCAGUGCUACUGGAAAUGGACCUUGGGGCCCCGCCUCCCCUCGACACUGCUGCCGCGGCCCCGUGGAACUUCGACGCAACCGGGACGGCCUUGCAGACUCCUGGGCUUCGCGAGGGGUUUCUGCUGAAGGCCAGCGAGGCGUCGUCGCAGGGGCCCCCCUCGUAA